AGGCCAGCUGAUGGGAGUUGAUCUCCGUGUUCAAAGUUCACUGUGUUUGGUGCAGAUUAGUGAGGGGCGGGAAGCUCUGCUGAGACAUGCUCACUGUGCACAAAUUCCUGACAUGGAACAACACAAAUGACAACCAGUGCCCUCCAGGAAACUCCCAGAUGGCUCUCACACAUGCACAGGAGCAAACAUCUAAGCUGGAGAGGAUCAAUAAAGAAACUGGAGAGUUGAGCGCUUCAGGGGAGUUGUCCACUUCUGUGGACCUGAAGGUGGAGAACACUUGCAGAGACCAUCAACACCUACAAGUGCUCAGAGAACAAAUACAACAUCUGGGACUCUCCAUGGGCUCAAGUCCUGAUCACAAAUCCAAUCAUGUUCCUUUAUCAGAGGACCAGGAGCAUCUGUUCAAAGUAUUGCCUCACUACAUUCAGGUCUGUGACCAUGGCGGCACAGUAGAAGGACUGGACCUCAGAAGGCUCGCUGGGCUCACAGCUGACGCUGUGGUCUCCAACGUGCACGACAGACUGUCAGAAAGGCCGGCAGAGGAGGCUCGUGAUGAGGUGGUGCAGUUCUUCCAGAGGCAGCAUGAGCAAACCAACCGGGAGGCGACAGACAAUCCAGGAUGGCUGCUGUUAAAAUGUCUAUUGCUCCUGACAGCUGAUGACUCGGAACUACUGUCCUGCAUGAACCCAGCACUCCCUGCUGCUCUAGUGAAGUGUCUGUACCUGCUGGUGUGUCUUCCAGCUAAGAAAGAGAACCCAGCAACAGAAGAGAGUUUUCAGGAGCUGCUAACACAGGUCGUCCUGCAGCUGUGCAGGCAUCGGGUCAAUGUGGAGAUUCUUGUAGACACUCAGGAACUGCAGUGCCUCAUCAUUGGCCUGACAUCCCUGUGGGACCAGACCAGCUCCUCCUGGAGGCACCAGGCCUCUCGCAUCCUCAAAGCGGUCUCCGCUUCACAGAUGAGCAACACUGUUCCCGCUUUAAUCGGUAAGAACUGUGUGCGCAUCUGCAUCCAGAACCUUCUGCACAUCCGUGCUGAUGUCUCAGGCCCGCUGCUGGCUGAGGUCGCGGUGGUGGUAUUUAGCUUCAUUAGAGACACAUAUCCAAUCAGUCCUGCCCUCUUCCAUGAGUUUGACAGCAACAAUGGCUACAUGGCCAUCGAGAGCAUCCUGAAACGGUGUGAGGAGGGUGUGCCUGUGGAUCAGUUUCAGCCCGUGGCAGAGUUGCUGUCUCUCGUGGCGUCUUUCACUCUGUUUGGAAAAGAUGAGCUGAAGGUCGCUGUGUGUGUCACCAACCCCCAACCUCCAGGAUUUAAACUCGACCACUCGCCAGCCGGAGGUUCAGUAGUUAAAAACCUGCCAGCCUUCUAUCUCCUGCAAGGCUCUUUGCUGAGAUCCACAGAUUCUUUGCUGUGUUGUCACAUCCUGCGAAUCCUGCAGACAAUAUGGGAAUGGAACACAGCAAAUUUCUUCCUCUUGGAAUGGACCAUCCAGUCAAUGACCCAGCUUGCAGCUUGCAUGUGGCAGAAACCAUCUCCUGUGCACAAAUUAUUCUUUUCACUGCUGGAGACAGUGGUAUUCAAGAUGAACUACAUCCCCCAUGAGACCUUGCACAAAUUGCUGGGGGUGCUGAAGCAGAGCUGGGAUGGGUCUCUGACUGGAGGAGGGACAGCGUUUGAGUUUGGGGUGGAAACCCUUAAAUGUUUUCACAGGAUGACGACACACAGUGGCCUGAUCGCAGAGGUCCUGAGUGACGGUGGCCUGCUGGAGCUGCUGCUCGGGGAACUUCGGAGGAGAGCAAAAAUCCUCAGGAAGGCUGGUGUUGUUUCUACACCUAAAAUGAAUACACAUCAGCUGCCCUGUGCGGAGGAUGAUGAGAGGCUUCUGACUACAUGUAUGCUUCAAGUUGUGUCAACACUGACUUUGCGUUCUAUCAAAAACACAGUUUCAAUGCGAGACCGUGGUAUGGUUCCUUACAUCAAAAUCUUCCUGGAUGAAGAGCAGUAUCGAGGUCCCACUCUAAACAUUUUGGAGCAGCUGGCUGAGAUCAACCCUGAGGAGUUCAUGAGCACAGCAAUAGGAGCCCUCUGUUCCUCCACACAGAAUGAGCUUCGACUGAAAUGGGAUCUUCUGCAGUCCGUGGUGAAGGUGCUGGAGAACCCGAACACGUGGGAGGCUUUCAGACGAGCAGGGGGCUUCACGGGACUGCUGUCUCUGGUAACGGACAUGGAAGGAGCUCUGUGCGACCCUCCCCAGGGGGCGGUGUGGCAGUCUCUGGGGCGGCAGCAGGUGUUAGAUGUCCUCCUUCGCACACUUCAUACCCUGGCCUUGGCUGUGCAUCUUCACACAGUAAACGCACAUCAUUUUCAAGUCGGGGGGUUUUAUGAAAAACUAGCAGAGGCCCUGCUUCAGCUCGGCUGCUUCCAUAGUGACCAUUCAGAGUACUGGAAGUGGACUGAAGAUGACGAGUGCUAUCCUAGGAUUGCUGAGGAUGGUCAUUCUCCAGGAAGGAGGUUCCACCAGUUUGUUGAGUUAGUGAACUCCACUGUCAGACCUUCCUCUUCCAGCACCGUACAUCAGCCCAAGCUGCCGGUCACUCUUCAAACAUGCAUAAAGCUGCUUUCCUAUCUCAAUCAGUUCUCCACAGGGACAUACUCUCCUCAGGACUCUGAUGCUGGAUAUGAUGGAGAUAAAGAAGAGUUAAAUAUUGCAGCAGGGCAAGAUGAGUCCAGUGUAGAUUCCGCUCCUUCCGGCUUGGCAUCAGAUCCGCAGUCAUUGGAGGACACACAGGGGAGAUGUAGGACGACGGCAUCCAGCAUUUCUACAGUCUCCUCAGAGACUCAGUGGAGGUUAUACUAUGAUCAUGUGAUUCUUCAUCCAGGAGCAAUCAGAGUUAUCAUGAUGUUACUUCCUUCAGUGUUUAAUCACGAGGACCUGCAGCUCUCUGUGGACAUACAGUACUCACUGGCGCAUCACAUCCAGUCAAUGAUCAGAUCAGAGCGAAACCGCCAGAUAAUGUGUGAGGCGGGACUGGUUUCCACACUCCUGGCUCAUUGCCAGAGAAUAUUACUGUUUCCCAAACAUCCGCUACAUCUUCCUGUUACACGUAUCCUGGAGAAGCUCUCCUCUCAGGCCAUCACUCAUUCAGAACUGAGAACUUUCCUGUGUUUAGGGGAUCCUCUCAUGUGUUCAGCUGACAAAAUGUCUGUCACGUCUUCUACUGAAGUUUCCUCACAAAUCAAAGCUCCCAUCUUAAAUGGUCAUGUCACAGAUUCAGACAUUUCCUCUUCAGUAAAGACCCUGAAGCGAACCUUCAGUCUGUUGCAGUCUACAGUUCCCAGUGAGUCCUCUGUUGGUCCUACAGUCCCUGUGCACCAGAUCAUCAGCCUGGUGUCCAUGGCGUCACCACGCAGCUUCAGACCCCACCGAGUCGCCACCUCGCCGGCCUUUGUGGAGUUUGACAUGAGUCACAGCGGAUAUGGCUGUUUGUUCCUGCCUUCUGUGGCCACAGUGAAAGGAGUGACAGCUGAUUCAAUCUCCACGGGUGGAAUUGGUGGCGCCUGCAGAGGCUUCCCGCCUGCAGCUGGUCUGUCUUAUUCCUGCUGGUUCCAGAUCAACAGGUUUAGUUCAGCGUGUGAUUCCCACCCAAUCCGACUCCUGUCUGUGGUUCGCCACAUGUCCCGGACCGAACAUCAGUACGUCUGUUUGUCAAUCUCCUUCUCGGCUUAUGACGGCUGUCUGGUCAUCUCCACAGAGGAGGAGGUGUUCACAUACCUUGAUAUGAUGGAGCCAGAGGUGGGCACGCCCACUUCUUUGCCCACCUCACUGAGGUUCCAUUGCUCCCCAAUGCUGCUUCCAGGUCAGUGGCACCAUCUGGCUGUGAUCAUGGCCAAAGAUGUGAAGAAGACCUGCUUGGUCUCCAUUUACUUCAACGGCAAAGCAGUGGGGUCAGGAAAGAUGCGAUAUAUUCAGCCGUUCCCAGGUCAAUAUGCCUCCAUGGACCCUACAGCUGUGAUUGAUGUGUUUGCGCUGAUUGGGACGCCAUCUCUAUGGAAAGAGCACGCUGCUCUGGUGUGGAGAGUUGGCCCAUCGUCUUUUGAAGAGGUUUUAAGUUCCGAAGACGUGGCAAUCAUAUAUAUGCAAGGCACUGCAUACCUGGGCAACUUUUUGGCUCUGCGCAGCACAAGUCAUGAAUCAGUUCUUGAGGAUCUCCCACAUAAAUUGGUUUGUGAGGAGAGAAUCUCAUUUGGGAUUAAUCCAGCUGUUUCCACACUGACAACUGUUGCACAGAUCAGAGAGGAUUACAAUGAGGUGGAUUGCAGACUGGUUGCAAAAGAGAUGACGAUAACAUCUCGAGAUCACUCCACCCCUGUGUACCUCGUUCGAAACCUCAGCCAGCACCUGAGCGGUACUGCUCGUACUAUAGGAGCAGUCCUGGUGGGACGUUAUGGUGUGCGUACGUUUACUCCCAGCAGUGUGGCUAAUGGCUUCUUGUAUGUCGGUGGGCCUGCCGUUGUUCUCAGCGUAAUUGCAAUGGCACCAGAUGAUGCUUCUCUGUAUGCAGCUGUUAAAGUUCUGUUUUCUGUGUUGGAGACCAGCUCCAUCAUGGAGCAGGAAAUGAGCCGCAUCAAUGGCUAUCAGCUACUGGCUUUCCUGCUGAAGAUGAAGAGCAGUCUGGUCAGUCACAGAACCUUUCAUUUGGUUCAGUACCUCUCGAGCUCAAUGGAGCUGAGUUCUGGGUUGGUGUGCCUACAAAACACAUUGGCUUUCCAGGCUCUGCUGUGUGACCUGGAGGUGUGGGAAAACACAUCAGAUAAUCUGGAUGUUGCAGUUCUAAACCACUUUGCAGAAAUUUUGAACUCCUCCAGCACUGACAGCAGGAAUUUUGAGGUCAUGUAUGACGCAGGCCUGGGGCCUAAGCUGCUAUUCCAACUUUCAGAUCCCAACGUGACCUUUGCGAAGGCUGGGAUCACUUGUUGUGUCAUUGCACACCUCCUGAAAGGACGUUUGAGCACCGUUGACAUAAACAGACUGGGGCUCUUCCUUGUUUAUACGCUCCCACCUCUGAAUAACGUGACUGAAUGUCAAGGGUUAUCUGACGGUGAACUUUCUCAGGACUCAACAGCUCAAAGCGACAGCACUGCCAGCCUCAUCUGGAUCCGCAACCAGCUCUUGAUUUCCCUUUGUGAAAUUCUAACCUCAGACAGCCUUCAAGCAAACAACAAGCAGGAGGCUGUGUUCAACGCCUUGGGGAACGACUGUUUCCUGCUUUUCCUUCAGCCGCAGCUUCACCCAUCUACAGUCAAACUCGGCCUCGUCCUGCUUACACUUUUCCUGUCUAAGCCCAGCCAGCAGAGUAGCUUCAAAGAGGGAGUUUUUCUUGGAACCCUCAUCCAGGGCAUGGAGGAACCCUUUAGUGUCAUUGACAAUCUUCUGGCCCAUCCUAAUGAUACUUAUGAGUGCCUCAGCGCCACUUGUCCAGGCUUUGAAGUCUUGCAGGGCUUGCUGGUCCGACAUGCCCACCUGCCUGAGGUGUACGGCGCGCUGGCUGCUCUGCUGCUGGGAGAGACGAUCAGCCACAGUGCAGGCGGAAAGGUGCAGCUGGAUGACACGCUGCAAUGUUUGAUUGACAGCCAAACAUCUGCUCCUGCUGUUACGCUUUGUCUUGAUCCAGCAACAAUACUGCUGGAAUUAGUCAAAGUCGUCAUCACUGAACCUUUACCUUCAACAGCAAAUGUAUCAGACACAGAUGGACCAGGGGAGUUGCACCUUCCAGCAAGUGUGAUGCAAUUUUUUUGUCUACUUCAUAAUCUCCGCCCCAGAGACCCACUGUGGUCAGCAUCAGAAUUCCUCUGCAAGCUUGCUGGUGUCAUGUAUCCUGUGGAUAAAUCUGAGGGUAUGACUGCGCCCGGCGGAACAAGUGAAGGUGACUUUUCGUUUAAGAGUCAACCAUCCAGGAAGCCAGUGUGUGACUUCAUCCGUAUUCUGAUCAUGGACAGUCUUCUUAAUGUUUCGGUCAGCACCAGCACGCAUCCUCUGCUAGUGUUGUUUGAGUUCUGCCCAGAUGGUACAUCACUGGAGCAGAGGCAGAGCUUCCAGACUGAGGUGCUGGAGUUCACCAUGGACAUCUUCUACAUGCUCAGCGAUGAGGAAGAAAAUAACACUCAUCUUAGCUCACAAGAGUCUAGGAGUCAGAAGCCUGAGUUGCAGAUGGGCGUAUUGAUAGAGAACAUGGUGCUCUUCAGUAAGACACUCGUGCAGAAACUUUACAGUGGAACGUUUUCGCCGGGCCCUGAGAGUUUGCUCGACUUCUUCUCAGAUCAGAUUGCAGUGGCUCUGGAGAAAGGCCAAUCACAGAAGGAGAAGACCGUGUCAGCACUCUACUCAUGCAUCAAUAAAACCCUGCUGUAUUUUCUCUCUCAACCUCGGCAAACCCAUGACGAACAGGAAGUGGUCAUCAGGACAUUGCAGGCCAUGACCGCACGCUGGGAUGUUGUCAUGGCAACGUACAAUGCAAAUGUGAACUUCGUUACAUGCCUACUACACUGUCUGUUACUAAUACGGUCUAACAGCUACUCCGAAGGUUUUGGAUGUGUGAAGCAGAAAGCGCAAGUCAAGAAAGCUCAAUCUCGUCUGUUUUCUUCCAAAACCAGAGACUCUGGGUGCCUCAAGAGUGGAUCAGAGUUUACCACAGUUGAUGGUGAACUCGUAUCAUUGGCUGAAGCCUGCUGGUUAAAGGUCAUGACUGAGAGGCAACAUGCUCUUGAGGAGACCUAUAAGAUUGAGAUGUCAUCCAGUCCCAAGGCGGAGGCCGGCCCUGUCAGUAUGAGGGACAUCAGCCCUCUGUGGGAGGAGAUGGCACACAGGACCUGGCAGCUACACAUCGAGUCUCAGAGGAAGAAACUGUCCGGCAGCUCUCAGAAGAAGCCCUGUGCUGUAUCUCCAGGCGCGGCGGACAGAGAGGCGGCAACAGAUGAGAUAUUUCUGUCCUGCAUGGAGUCGCAUCGACAAAAAGGUCACGGCAUGUUUGAGAAUAUGAGGACAAACCACUUACAGUUACAAGCCAGUAAAUGGGAGCGACUCAGCCAAAAGUGGCUGCAUGUGGAAGCAGAGCUGCUGAGGGAGAGAGCUGUCUUUGGGCCUGGCCCUGGAGUGCUGCUGACCCGAGACUGGGUGCAGGACGCAGCUGAAGGACCAAACCGCACCAGACCACACAUCCGCAGGAAGACUUUGAGACAGUCCAAACGGGUGCUGCGUAACCUGGGUCUAGGUUUCAGAUCUGGCACAUCUGAAGAGCUCGGAAGCAGAGUAGAAGGCGAUGAAGAUGUCAAGAUGACAUGUGAAGCUGGACCCGAAGCCAAACAGGAAGAAGAGGAGCCAUCACAAGACUGUGAUCACUUGACCUUCUUCCCUGUCCUGCACGAGACACUCGCUGCCACAGAGAGCCCUCCUGACCCUGACAUCCCCGACUCCUGCUCCCGCCAACAAGACUGUCCCAACGUGCGCGUCAUCCUGCAGGAGCUGGAUCCCGGAGAGGAGGUGAAGGCGAAGAUGUGUGUACUGAUGGUUAGCAGCCUCAGAGUAACAGAGGGGGUGCUCCUCUUUGGGAAUGACAGCCUGUUUCUGUGCGAGUGUUUUACUCUUAGUCCUUCAGGAGAUGUUUGCUGCUUGAAGCACCACCCUAGCAGCGUGAAAGAUUCAUUCAUUUCUACCAUGCUGAGUAAAGAACUGCCAUCGGCCAGCUGCAGACGUUGGCUUUAUGAUGACAUAAAGGAGGCUCGCUUCAUGCGUUUCCUUUUAGAGAACGAUGCCCUUGAGCUCAUGAGAAACAGUUAUUCAGUUUUCUUGGUAUUCCCGAAUAAAGAUCAUGUGUCUGCAUUUAAAAGGUUGUGCACAGUAGUCCCAUCUCUAAAAGGCAGAGGUGUUGCCGAGAUCCUCGCUAAUGCCAGAAAUCAAGACUCAUCAGACCAGGCCAAGCUUUUCCAGUCUUCCACUGUCUACUUUUGGAAGACUUCUGUGAUUGAAAAGGAAGCUCUUUUGAAAUGGCAGAAAGGGGAAAUUAGUAACUUUGAGUACUUGAUGCAUCUGAACACUCUGGCUGGGAGAACAUACAAUGACCUGAUGCAGUAUCCAAUUUUCCCCUGGGUCCUGGCUGACUACCAUUCAGAGAUGCUGGAUUUGUCAAAUCCUGCAACGUUCCGUGAUCUAUCAAAGCCAAUGGGAGCUCAGACAGAGAAGAGAAAACAAAUGUUCAUCCAGAGAUAUGAAGAAAUGGAGAACAGUGAGGUAGAAGGUGAUCUAGCAGCGCACUGCCACUACUGCACCCACUACUCCUCAGCCAUCAUCGUAGCCUCCUUCCUUGUCAGAAUGGAGCCAUUUUCACACACCUUCAUGGCACUGCAGGGAGGGUUAGAUAUCCCAGAGCGGAUGUUUUACAGUGUAAAGAAGGAGUGGGACUCAGCCUCCAGGGACAACAUGGGAGAUGUUAGAGAACUGAUCCCAGAGUUCUUCUACCUUCCUGACUUUCUGGUCAACUCCAACCACAUCCAGCUUGGCUGCAUGGAGGAUGGUACUUCUGUGGGAGAUGUGGAGCUACCUCCAUGGGCCAAAGGUGACCCACAGGAGUUCAUAAGAAUCCACAGAGAGGCCUUGGAAAGUGACUUUGUAAGUUCCCACCUCCACCUGUGGAUCGACUUGAUUUUUGGGUACCGGCAGCAGGGUCCGGCCGCUGCAGAAAGCAUCAACACCUUUCAUCCAUACUUUUACGCACAAAGGCGACCAUGCCGACAAGAUGCGCAGGAUCCCCUUGUCAGGAGCACAAUUUUUGGAUAUGUUAGCAAUUUUGGCCAGGUUCCCAAGCAGCUUUUCACCAAACCUCACCCACCCCGCAGUGUGUCUAAGAAAGAUAGUUCUUCAUCGCUGUGCCCGUUGCCAUUUUUCUUCAAACUGGAUAAACUGAAGACGACUGCACAACCAUUCAGAGAGCUUCCAAGAGGUCCAGUAGGUCAAAUACUGUGUCUCGAUAAAGAGCUGCUGAUCCUGGGGAGAAACCUGCUUCUGUUGUCCCCUCUGUCGAGCUGCUUCUUCAGCUGGGGCUUUACUGACAACAGCUGUGCCUUUGGAAACUGUGUCACUGAGAAGACCUUUGCAGUGUGUGAGAGUUUGUGUGACUGGGGGGAGACGUUAUGCGCCGCCUGUCCAAACCCGACGACUAUCAUCACAGCAGGGAGCAGCGCUGUGGUGUGUGUGUGGGAUGUAGCAGUCAGCAAGGACAAACUCACUCGUAUGAAACUCAAACAGCCCUUGUACGGUCACACAGAUGCAGUGACGUGCCUGGCUGUGUCUGAGCUCCACAGCCUGCUGGUCAGCGGCUCCCGGGACCUCACAUGUAUCCUGUGGGACCUGGAUGAGCUCAGCUACAUUACUCAACUUGUAGGACACACAACUAGCAUCUCUGCACUGACUAUCAACGAACUCACUGGUGAGAUUGCAUCAUGCGCUGGGCCUUUGCUGUACCUGUGGACCAUGAAGGGUCAGCUGUUGUCCUGCACCAACACUUCCUGUGAAAUUCAGGCAGAUAUCCUGUGUGUCCGUUUCACACAGCGACACGAGUGGGACGCCAGGAAUGCCAUCGUCACUGGCUGUGCAGAUGGUGUCAUACGGAUAUGGAGGAUGGAGUACACGAGAACACAAUUACGUGGCCCUCCAGACGAGCCUGUGUCCCCAGGGCAAGAGCGGACAGAGAGAGCCGUGGGUAGCUCAUGCCAGGUUAAAGAGUGGGAGAGAAGUUUGGUGUUAUGUCAAGAGCUGAACAGAAGUCACGCUGCAUCACAGCGCCGCCACAGGGCUAAUCCAGCCAUCACAGCUGUGGCUAUGUCAAGGAGCCACACUACUUUGUUAGCAGGUGAUGCCUGGGGCCGAGUUUACACCUGGACCUGUGAGUGAGAAGAUACAGUUUGUGUCUCCAUUUCUACACACUUAUUCUCUUUACUUUAAAUGUGACUCAGAAAUAGGCAAAGAGAGGUACUCACCGUCUGUAGGAUGUGAAAUGCACUUGUGCUUACUUGAGUUGUGUUGAACGUCACCCUCGUGUGUACAUUCAGUGAAGGUCAUGACAUAUGAAUAUUUGUGAAUUUCAUUUCUUUUUAAAUCCUAGAAAUGUUGCCUCCUUUUUAAUUUGUUUCUGUUGUAAAUACUCCUUGUUUUAACAAAUUUGAAUAAAUUUUUAUGGCUGUAAAGCAUUUUCACUAAA